UACGUUGCGUGAGCCUGCACAUCCUUGUAAGUUAUGAAUAUUCCAGGGGUGCUUAUCUUUUGGUGGUUCGGUUUGUUCCGACUGCGGCAAUUGGCCUUGACCGACCUCGUUUCUACUGAAUUGGCACAGUUAAACACUAAUUUUGAUAAAGAAAUCGACAGUUUUCAAUAUUUUCUAGUGUCAUUUGGGGCGAGCUGGUGCCCCUUUUCAAACCUUUUGUUGCCUGUCUUAGCUCAUACUGCGCUACAUAAUCCGCAUAAGAACGUUGGAAUUGGUUACGUUGAUUGCACUGUCGCCCAGGCUGUUUGCUCCCGCUACAACAUUGUGAAGUAUCCUACCAUUAAAUUUUUUGCCAACGGGUUUCCUCGCAAGAGUGAGUAUAGAAAUCCAAGAGAUGCGCGACAAUUUUUACAAUUCAUAAACCGAGAAAUUCAGCCAGCAGUUUUUAAACACACGGAUCCCUCAGAACUGGCGUCUCUGGCUGCAAGUGGGCCCAAAAAAGCCCUUAUUGGAACUUUUUCUGCUGGAAACAAAGAUAUAAAAUCCAAGUUUUACGACUUAGCUGAGUCUUUCAGAGAUCUCUGCGAAUUUCACUGGUUUGAGGCGCCUGAAGUUUCUUUUACAUUUAAGAUACGUGGCACUACAAUCUCUUUUGAAGGAGAGCUGGAAAACAUUGAGGGCUUUAUUAAAAAGAACUGCCAGCCCGCCAUUGACGAACUUACUUACGAGAACAGCGCUCAGUACGUGGAAGAAGGCAAGCCGCUACUGGUCUUGUUCGCUCUUAUUAACGACACCACAACCAUCGAGUUCUACAAGCGGGCGGUCGAUCACAUGAUUCCACACGAGAAAAAAAGAGUCAAGUUUCUCUACGCCGACGCGACUCAGUUUUUGGAGCAGCUAAGUGUACUCCGCAUAGGACUUGAAGAUCUCCCCGUUCUUGUGAUAGACUCGUACCGCCACUUGUAUAAAUUUGAUCGUCCCCUCGAAGACUUGGAAAUACCCGGCGUUUUUCAAAAGUUUGUCAGCGACAUUUUUAAUUCUCAGCACCAUGAGCGAUUUCAUCGCGGCAAUCCCAUCGCGCAUCGUUGCGCGUGGCGGCAGACCAGCAAUUGUAACCAUGCAGGCGUGAGAAUCCCUUUCCACGAUAAAACUUGUCGCGAAACUGUUCAGCCUUCAGACUCCGGUUUUUGCGAGUGUGGUCACGGCAUAGUUCUCGGGUUCGACUGCGAGGAAAGUCGAGCACCUUUUAUUUGCGAAGUUAAGUGCAGCGAAGCUCAAGAAACGAAACCUGAUCUAUCCAGUUGCUCCUGGCGACAGACCGGCAACUGCGACCCGAACGGGCCAAGAGAGCCAGAACUGGACUCGGAUUGCUUAACAUUGAUUGUUAGAGGGAGAUCGGGCGUUUGCGACUGCGGCGUAGAUGGCAUCAAGAUCAACUUCACUUGCGAGCAUGAGACAGUCACUUGUGAAGAAGAGUGCGUUAAAGCUAUCAAGUCGGUAAUGGCCACAUUUUUAGAAGUAGAGAAAAGCGAAAAGGGGGCUUUCAAGAAGACCUGGUCCAUCUUCUCCGCGUUUCGGCCCGCCGAGAGCAGCUACUCUUUAAAAAGAGACGAGCUGUAGCGGCUUCACUAACAA